UGUCAAGCUGUGAUUGGUUGACAGUAUAUUACAUCCAUGGUUGACAGUAGUAACGUUUGAAAGGGACUGAAUUCGCUGUUCGUCUUGACAGUGUCAGAGAACAAAGACACAAAUAUGGAGAUAAUACACGCUGUCCAUGUUUUUGUCAAAUCACUGCUGUUUCUGCUGCUGUGGUCAAACUGUGAAGGAAGAGAAUCGGAGCACAACCAUGUUACCUGCGGCUCACUGGUCAAACUGCUCAACACCAGACAUAACGUCCGCCUGCAUUCCCACGAUGUCAAAUAUGGCUCAGGCAGUGGACAGCAGUCUGUAACUGGAGUCGAGAACGCAGAUGAUGCCAACAGUUAUUGGCAGAUUCGUGGGAAACCCAACCGUCCGUGUCAACGCGGGGCAGCCAUCAAGUGUGGUCAGGCCAUACGCAUCACACACAUGAAGACCGGUCGAAACCUCCACACACACCACUUCAGCUCACCGCUGUCUAAUAACCAGGAAGUCAGUGCCUUUGGAGAGAAUGGCGAGGGUGACGACCUGGACGUGUGGACAGUGCAGUGUGACGGCAUCCACUGGGAGCGCGAUGAGGAUGUGCGCUUCAAACACGUUGGCACUGAUGUCUUCCUGAGCAUAACAGGCGAGCAGUACGGCCACCCCAUCCGCAGCCAGCGGGAGGUGCAUGGCAUGAGCACUCCUAACCAGCACAACUGGUGGCGCUCCAUGGAGGGUGUCUUCCUCCAGCCCAGCCAGGUGCCGCUGCGCCACGAUGAGCUCUGACAUCAUCACUGAGAGGGGCAAAGCAUGUUGAUUCCUGUUCGUGUGGCGCUUUUAAAAGUCUCCUGGACCAAAUGAUAUCAUGUGUGAAUGAUGUAGAAUAUUUGACUCAUCUCUUUACAUGUGAAGCACUCAGGCUGGUCUGAGACAAGGGCGGUAAUGUUAUUUUUGAAUAAAAUCAGUGAUACUCUAUGUAGUGUAGCCACAUGGUCUAUAUAUCGGUUUACUCCUAGGAGAAUUUCGUAAGGGAGAAAAUGCUUUUUGUAAAAAAAAAAAAAAAAAAAAAAGGCCCAACAUUAACAUAUAACAUUAACCAUAGAUCAUACCAUAUUUGAUUAGUCAAUUGAUAGAAAAUUUAUCAGCAACCAUUAAAAAAAAUGUAUUACCUGUAAAAGUAAAUUAUCAAGCAUAAUACCAAACAUUGGUGCUUGUUUGAAGAUUGUUGGUUGGACAGAAAAAGCUGUUCAUGUGACAUCUUCCAAUUGUGAAGGGAAGUCAGCUUGAUGUGUCUUUCAUCUGCUGUUUCCUUGGCAAACCACUGCGUUUUAGGUGGUCAACCUUUGCCUUUGUGCUUCUGCAGAAGAGCUUGGGAAGAACAUUUAGAAACACGUGUCUGCCUUGUAAUUUCUGCCUGUAAGGGACCCUUGUGUCUUGUUGCUAAACUGACUCCCCUGGUGUAAGAUUUAUUUUAGAUUAAACUGUCUUUUAGUAUGGCUGUUUCUCACCCAGUUUUAUUCCUUCUACACUGUUUCUGUUAAUGAUUGUGGUUCAAAUUACAUAUUAUGUUGUUGAUCAUUAAUAUCUCUUUGGUGUAAAUGUAAUGUUUAGUCAUGCACUGGGCUAUAUACUGUAUAUAUUGUUUAUUUGGAAAGUGGUCUGUUACUUUGUUACUGUCUUUCUUUAACCGCAUACAAAUAUCUCACUAUUUGCAAAAGGAAUGUUUUGAAAGCAUUUCACUUCCAUAAGAGAAAAUCGAUGCUGCUUUGACAGAGAACUAAAAGUUAAAAUCUACACUUCUUACAAUGCAGCUUGAUAACUUUCAUAGGACCUUCCCAGCUUGGUGAAUGGGCACAUCUUUCAAACUCCACGCCCAUAGUUUGUAUUUGCAGGCUCUUUGUAAUCUCCAAGUCCAAGUGGAGAUAACCCUGAUGACAUUGCUAUAACAUCCUCAGGGGUUAUUUUCUCAGAAUUGACGAAGCUCCUCCUGAGCCACAAAUUAUAAAAAAAAAUGUUUACAGGCUGAGUAGUGCUUAACGUGAUAAGUAAACCGACCUUGUGUGCUAAAUCAGUGGAGUGCCUGUUUAGUGAAUCAACCAAUUAAAUCAUAAUCGCAGGAAUAAUAAAUGACUGGUUGGUUUCUGGGGCCCUAGGCAAAACAUAAUAAAGCUGUUAUCUCAAAUCAGCUGGGUGCCCCAGGCCCCCCUAGUGGUUUCAUAUGUCCUUGGAAAGUAAUUUGAACUCUGUUCAUGUAAUGUCAAAUUCUAAAAUAAAGGCUAAUGAGUCAAAGUA